AUGUCCACAACCAAUCCUACACCAACGAACCGCCUCGCCACUCCGUCUGCGCAGAGCGAAGAAACCACCAGAGAAGCCGCCAUCAGAGCUACAUUCAGCAUGAAUAACGAUUCCGACUCUGAUCUGAGCGACCCUCCAGACAGCGACGACCUCCACUCUCCCACCGACUCCGACAAUCGUGAUCAACCCAACAAUUCCUCAAACAGUUCUUCCGACUCUGACUCCCCACCCCUCCCGCUUCCCCCCAUCUACGCGCACCACAUCUCCACCGCCCUCUCCCUGACCGUCUGUCAAGCACAUGCCCUCCACGCCUCCAUGCAGUCCGAAAUGCUCGCGGAGGGUCUACUCGGGGAGAUGAGUUUCCGCGCCAGCGUCAAGAAGGUAAGUGCGAGGGUGCUGAAACCUGUAUUUAAGAGGGUGAAGGCCGAUUUGGGUUUUUUGGCGGAGAAGGAGAAGGAAGUGGGAGCAGGGAGGUUGAAAGAGUUGUUGGUGGCGAGGGCGAGGAUUUUGAAUCAGAAUGAGAAGCAUAAUCGGUGGAUGGUGGAGAAUGGGAGGGUGGGGAGGAGGAGGUUGAGGGUAGAGAUGACUGGUGCUGGUGCUGCGCAAGACGAAGGUGUUGAGAGUGAGGUUCAUGACUCCGACACUGCGAAUGGUGAAGAACGGCCUCCUGUCACGACGGCGGUAUCGUGGCUGGACAUUCAAGGCACCGAGACGCCUGCUCACGAGGACACGCAUCGGUACCAGGACCAGGAUCAGGUUCAGAUUCCCGCUCUAGAGGAAGAGAGAGUCCAAGACAAUGCAGAGAUCGUCACUCGGACCAGUAUCCCUAUCUCACUGCUCCUCAGUGGCACUGGCCGAGAUAGUGUUGACGACAGAGCUCAACCCAGCACUUCGCAUCCCAUCCAAGCCAAUCCGCCAGUCGUUGCCCAACAGAACACUUCGCAUCCCCUCCAACCCAAUCCGUCAGUUGUUGCUCGACCUAAACCCCCUCACAACCAACCCAUCACACCACCAUCCCAUCCCACCGCCUUCCUAAUCCGCCACACCACCACCCCAUACGCCGCAGCCAUCCUCUCCACCCCUGACCUCACUCUCACGCGCUUUACCUCCCUCGUAUCCGCGCAACUCAGCUUUGAUGCUACCGGUCGCAUCAGGGCCGUUGUGCCCCGAUCACCCCAAGCCGCGCCCGUGAACGUUUUCGUGACGCUCGAUAGCGAGGAGACGUGGCGGGCUAUGGUAGAGAUCUGGGCAGUGUGGAGGAGGGAAGUUGGAGAGGCGGUCGUUGAGUAG